AAUAUUUGAAAACAAACUCCGACAAUAAUCCAUACUCGCCGCGGCCGCGCGUGGCUAAAAAAGGCUGAAGCUGCUUACUUUACUCUCCCACUACAUCUUCUCUGUUUAACUUCUAAUUCGCCAAACAAACCCUUAAAUCGAACCACCUUCAAGAAUGGCAAUCAUAACCGAAGAACCCGAUUCCCCAAACCCACAACUCCGCAAAUCCAAACCCAAACCCAAACCCGAACCCAAUAAACCCACCUCACCGCCGCCGCAGACACCGUCGACCUCCGCUCCCACCAAAUCCGCCGCCACCACCGCAAACCCAUUUCAAUUCUGGUUCUACUUCACCUUCAUCGUUUCAUCAAUCACAAUCUCCUUCAUUCUCCUCUCCUCAUUAUCCGAACAAGAUCCCCGGACAUGGUUCCUCAACCUCCCCACCACUCUCCGCCACCACUACGCCGCCGGCCGCACAAUCAAGGUCCAAACCGCCCCCAACCACCCCCAAGUCGAAGUCUUUUCAAUUCAACAAGGGCCCACUAACUCCGACAGCCACGUUCUCAUCGUACACGGCAUAGGUUGCAGCUCCUUCGCUUUCAAGAACGUCGUAACCACUCUAGGCAGUAAAAACGUACACGCAGUCGCAAUCGAUCUCCCCGGCUCUGGAUUCUCCGACAAAUCCACCGUUGUCGUCGAAGAAAAUCUCGGAAACAACGGCCCUUUUGGAGGAUUAUUGGAUGUGUACGAUGAAAUCAAAGAGAAGGGCCUCUUUUGGGGGUUCGAUCAGCUCGUCGAACAAGGGUUCGUCGAUUUCGAGGAGAAUAAGGUUCGUCCGACGAAGACGAAAGAAGUCGUUAAGGCGAUCGAAUUAGGUAGUGAAGAAAUGGGGAAAGUGUUGACCCAAGUGGUGGAUUCGAUGGGAUUAGCGCCCGUCGACUUAGUCUUGCACGAUUCGGCGUUUUCGUUGAGCGCGAAUUGGAUUCUUGAAAACCGCGCUCUUGUUCGAAGCGUUGUGCUUUUGGACACCGAUCCGAGUGGGGCCGCAUUUCCGAUUCGGGUGUUACAAAUUCCCGUUGUGAGGGAAAUCGUGUUGGGGUUUAGGUUUGCGUUCGAUAGAGUUGUUGCUAGUUGUUGUAUGGAAUCGGUUAGUGGUUACGAGGCGGACGCGCAUAGGGUUUUGUUGAAGGGGAGGGAUGGGAGACGCGCAGUUGUUGGAAUGGGGAAGAAUUUGAAUUCUAGUUUCGAUUUGUCCGAAUGGGGCGGUUCGGACGGUGUUAAGGGGCUGCCCGUGCAUGUGAUUUGGUCGGAUAAAUGGAGCGACGAGGGCCGUCGGAUUACUGACGCGCUUCCUCAGGCGACACUUGUCGCGCAUUCCGGCCGGCGAUGGACUCAGGAACUUAACGCGGAGGAAGUAGGUGAAAGCAUAUACGAGUUUGUUUCGUCUUUACCAAAACCCGCUAAACAAGCGGUGGAAGAACCGAUAGUACAUGAACAUGUAGAGAUGAAGUUUGAUGAAGCUACAAGUGGGGCCCACAACCACCACCACGGGCACGAUGGUCACGACCACCAUGAGGGUCAUGCUCAUGCUGGAUAUAUGGAUGCAUACGGUCUCGGCCACGGUUGGGCUCAGUGAUAUUAUUCUUUUUUUUUUGUUUUUUUUUUUAAGCAUGACUUAAUCGAUCGACUUAUUUGAUUCUUAUUGUUGUAAAGGAUUUGCUCAAACCUUUUUGUUUCCGAGUUAUUAUGAGAUUUAGCUUCCGCAACUUGGAUUUGUUUUGCUCUCUCUAA